AUGAGACUGAGUGGUAGAUCACGGUUUUCCGAUCAAGGCUUGUUGCCGCUGAUCGCGGCACUGGCCCUGACGAUCUUCUGGGUUCCAGUGUGGGCCGAUAAUACUCAAACUCACCACAAUCAUCUUCAUCAUAGUCAUCUCCAUCACAAGCGUGGCAAUGCGAGCGCAACCGGUCAUGGCGAUGCGCGCGAAAUGGUACAAAAUGCACUCGCGGUUUUAAAAGAAGUCAACAAAGAUCGAACGGAGAAUCCCAAUUUUAACAAAGAUACCUUUUCUGAGCCCCGCAAGGGCACAAGGGCGACUGCUAAGCCUUUGGACUACAGCCCCGAGUCUGUGAAUAUUGCCCGUCUUCAGACCAGAGAUUCUUCUUCGAAUAAAACGAGCGGAAACAGUCCUUACGUGAUUCCACCUGAGCUGGCUAAGGCUGCUCGCAUUGUCGCUGAGUCCACCGUCAACAAACCAACAGGCAAUCAGCCUCAGGUUGCAGCGAAUAUUCGAGAGAAGUACGGCAAAGGCCGCAGACAUACCAAUACCCCAGCACAGGCCCUGCUCAGACCAAAUGGACUCUAUGGUUACAGUGCAUUUGAAAGUGGUGAUGAGACUGGCCACAUAGGUGACAACAAGACUGCCAAAGCGACGCUCAACAAGCGUGAUGCUGCUUCUGAGUACUGGAUGGCCACAGUGGACCAGACCGGUCAAAGUCCAUUCGCACCCAGCGGCUACAAGGUUUGGAGAAAUGUCAAAGACUAUGGCGCUGUUGGUGACGGAGUCACAGACGACACAGCGGCCAUCAACCGUGCUAUUUCCGAGGGAGGUAGAUGUGGCCCUGACUGCGGCUCUAGUACUAUCUAUCCUGCUACAGUUUGGUUCCCCAAAGGCACCUACCUUGUCAGCUCUCCGUUGAUUCAAUACUAUAAUACGGAGUUCCUGGGAGACCCGAUCAAUGUGCCAACUAUCCUGGCAGCCUCUAGCUUCGUCGGUCUGGGUGUCAUCACUUCCGAUGUCUAUGUCAGUGAUGACGAGCAAUGGUAUGUCAAUCAAAACAAUUUCCUGCGCAGUGUGAGGAAUUUCAAAAUCGACAUUCGCCAAACGGAUACCUCGGCCUAUAUCUGUGCCAUUCACUGGCAGGUUGCUCAGGGAACCUCUCUAGAGAACAUCGAGUUCUACAUGGUAUAUAACUCGGAUGUUCCCAGCAAUACACAGCAGGGAAUCUAUAUGGAGAACGGCUCGGGUGGUUUCCUCGCAGACCUCACAUUUGUGGGAGGCAACUUUGGUGCAUACUUUGGCAACCAACAAUUUACUUCAAGUCAACUCGUCUUUGUUCAGUGCAACACAGCCCUUCAGGUUCACUGGGAUUGGGCAUGGACUAUGCAGGACUAUGUCAUUGAGUCGUGUACGAACGGUUUGACUAUCGUCGGCGGGGGUGGCGGCGCCCUGGGUACCGGUCAAGGUGUUGGAUCUCUCGUUUUGGCUGAUGCCAUCAUUGCAAACACGGCAAAUGGUAUCAUCACCUCUCUCUAUGCCGAAAACUCGACCUCCCUGCUUUUGAAAAAUGUGGGCUUUUUCAAUGUCAAAACGGCCAUCACAGAUGACGUCAAAAACCAAGUUCUCCUAGCAGGAGGUGAUGAGGUUCUCAAGGAUGCCUGGGGAUUCGGUAGGGUCACCGACGCUGAAGGCACAGGAUCUUUUGUGUCCGGUGCAGACAUCACUACCGGAUCCAUGAGCAAGAAGCUGCUUGGAACCCAAGCUUACGACAUUAAGGCAAGUGAUAUUAUCAACGUUCGGACUUUCGGCGCAAAGGGUGAUGGCAGCACUGAUGACACCGUCAUUCUCAACUCUGUUCUUUCCUACGCCGCCAACAUUUCUUCGGUUGUCUACUUCCCCUUCGGAUUAUACAUGAUUCAGGAUACACUGAAGGUUCCUGUCGGCUCCCGCAUCAUCGGACAAGCUUGGUCUCAAAUCAUGGCAACAGGAAAGAAGUUCGAGGAUGUUGACAAUCCGUAUGUGGCCGUCCAGGUGGGAGUUGAGGGCGAUGUUGGUAUUGUUGAGAUUCAAGACAUGCUUUUCACUGUUUCGGGCCCCACUGCCGGAGCAAUUCUCGUGCAGUGGAACGUCGCAGAGUCUGUCCAAGGAUCUGCUGCGAUGUGGGACUCUCAUAUUCGCAUUGGCGGAGCCAUUGGAUCCAAGCUACAAAAGGCUCAAUGUCCCAAACAGUCAGGCAAAGUCAAGCCUGGUUGUAUUGCGGCAUCUCUUCUCCUUCAUCUCACACCUUCUUCAAACGCCUAUCUGGAGAACAUCUGGGUUUGGGUCGCUGAUCACGAUAUGGAUGUGACCACCCAGGAUCAAAUUGAUGUAUAUGCAGGACGUGGUAUUCUGAUUGAGAGUAAGCUCGCGUGGCUGUACGGUACGGCCUCGGAGCAUUGCACACUCUACCAGUAUCAACUUUCUGGUGCAAGCAACAUCCUUAUGGGGAUGAUUCAAACAGAAUCACCAUACUACCAACCUGUUCCCCUGGCUCCCAGUCCAUUCACACCGGGCUCAUUCCCUAAUGACCCAUUGUUCAAGAAUUGUGACUCAACCACUGCUGCAUGUGCAUUCUCUUGGGCCGUACGUAUCAUUGAUUCAACUUCUAUCUGGGUUUUGGGCAGCGGUCUGUACAGCUGGUACUCAGAUUAUUCUCAGAAAUGUCUCGAUACAAACGAUUGCCAGCAACGCGGGUUUGAGAUUGAGCAAAGUCAUGAUCUUUGGAUUUACAAUCUCUGUACCAGGGCAAUUGUGGAAAUGGUCACCCCCUUCCAAGGUGUUCCGACAUACGCCAAGGACAACGUCAACGGGCUUCUUUCUUCGAUUCUCGUCUGGAUCGGUGGUUUGGAUAUGACUAUUGGCCAGAGGAAAUUCGACGGCUUUUCUAUCUACAGCUCUGACAGCCUGGAGAAGAUCGAUCUUCCGGACACUUGCAAAACUUCAUUGGCAGCAAAUAUCAAGUGUGAGACAUACCUUGAGAACAUGAUGUCUCGCAAAUGGCAUGGCUCGUUGAACAAUGAUACCCUGACGGACCUUGUCUGUGACACUAGCUGUGGCGAGAGCCUGAGUGAGUGGUUCGGGGCUGUGCAAAAUAACUGCGGCGGAUAUAACAUCAGCGGCUCUCCUCCGGAGCUAUAUGGUGGCCGUAUCUGGGCCGGUUACAAUGAAACUUGCAGCAAAGAUAAAGCCACAGGCAAAUACUGCAAUGACGUCAUCAGUGAUUUUACUUUGGUUCAAAGCACCGCAGAUAUGCCUGAAAGCGAAGCUUGCUCUUACUGCUACACAACUCGUCUCCAGAUGAUGCAACAGACGCCUUACUCGAUGUACGACGACUACUACCAAGAAGUUCUGGUAGAACUGAACAAACGAUGCGGCCUCUCCGGACCUACCGACAUCCUUGAAAUCCCCUGGGCGACCAUCGAGGAGGAAGACGAGUUCUGUGUCUCGGAUAAUUACUACACAACAGUCAAAGGUGACAACUGCACAUCCAUCGCAGCGGCAAACAAGGUCUCAUCCGCGUCACUUUACACGGGUAACCAAGAGAAAAUUGUGGAUUGCUUCUCCAUCAAAGCAGGCCUCAAGCUUUGUCUUCCUUUAACUUGCGAAGAUACAUACUCACUCGAGCCAACAAACAAUUGUACCGCGAUCGAGUACGCCUACUCGCUUUCAACCGGGGAUCUCCGCAAAUACAACCCGUGGAUCUCCUUCGACUGUGACAAUCUGCAAAUUGCCAGCAAGAUUUACGGCAAUAAUCUUUGUCUGUCGGCGCCCGGUGGUGCGCACUCCAAUGCAACAGCCGGUACAGGUUCAACUACUCCCGGCAAAUCAAACGGAUAUAGCGAGGCCUGGGCUGCCCCGCCGACAAACGCGACUAUGGCCGAGGGAACAACCCUCAAUUGUGGAAGAUGGCAUGAGGCUGCUGCCAAUGAGACCUGUGUUGGAAUCUGUGCCCAAGAAAGUAUCACACAUGCUUUGUUCGUGGCCGUCAACCCGUCACUGGAUGAUGCUCGAUGCUCGCAGACGUUACAGACGGGCAAGACUUGCUGUUCUGGUCCGUUGUAUUUGUGGAAUGAUGCGGAAACUUCUUCCAGCAGUAGUGCCAGCGAAUCAGCUUCAACGUCAGCUGUUUAG